AUGAGUUGUAUCAUUUCGAGUAUAAGUUAUAUCUUUGUCAGGAAACUAACUGCCGUUGGAGAUACUUCCCGUGGACAUUUCGCUCCGCUCACUAAGCAUGGUAGGACCUUUGAAUCUUCUGAAGAUGGCCACUGGGAGGUAGGGGAACCUUCAAGCUGUAACUGUCAUGUGGACAUCACAGAGGAAGGCCCUGGUGAUAGGCGUGUGGACUUUGGAUGUUCUAAAUAUGGCCAGUGGGAGGUAGGGGAACCUUCAAGCUGUAACUGUCAUGUGGACAUCACGAAAGAUGGCCCUGGUGAUAGGCGUGUAUACUUUGGAUCUUCUGAAUAUGGCCAGUGGGAGGUAGGCGAACCUUCAAGCGACUCUCAUGUGGACAGCUUGGAAGAUGAUGGAUACAAAGCGGUGUUUUCUUCGUGGGGAAAUGUGGGUGGCAAAGUGUAUGCUGCAUCUCUCGGUGAUGAUCCUUUCUGGAGGAUUACGGUGUACAAGGAUAAACAUAUAUGUAUCCCUAAUGGAGAGUGUGAGAUGUUUACAGUCCCGGUGAUAGCUAGGAUAUUUCUUGAUAAGAUUAGGGAAGAACCAAAAUAUUACAUGCUUGCGAAGAUGGAAAAGAUUGUAAUGGAGAAGUGGAAGAUAUCAGUUACUAGGCCUCAAUGUCAAGCUGCUAGGAGGAAGGCAUUGGGAUGGAUCUCGUCGGAGUAUGAUACUCAUUUUAAUGAUGAUGGUGAGGAUGUCUUUAACCGGUUUUAUGUCUAUUUUGAUGUUCUUAGAAGAACAUGGAAAGCUAGUUGUAGACCAAUAAUAGGAGUUGAUGGGUGCUUCUUAAAAGAAAAGAUUAAAGGGCAGUUAUUGGCAGCAUUAGGCAGAGAUGCAGACAAUGCUAUAUAUUCAAUAGCAUGGAGCGUUAUUCAAGUUGAGAACACCGAUAAUUGGCAAUGGUUUGUGAAUAGGUUAAAGAUUGAUCUAGACUUAGGUGAUGGAGAUGGUUACAUUAUCAUGUCAGAUCGGCAAAAGGGGUUGAUAAAAGUUGUUGAGUUGGAGUUACCAAAGUUGGAGCAUCGAAAAUGUGUUAGGCACAUUUAUGGGCACCUAAAGAAGAGUCAUCCUAACAAAAAGCUUCUGAAGAAACACCUCUGCGAUCUGGCUUGGAGCUACAACACCACAAAAUAUGAUCAGAACUUGGAGAGGAUACACACAUACGACUCAAAGGUGGAUGAAGAUGUCCUGAAGACAAAACCGAAGACUUGGUGUAGGGCCUUCCACAAGCUUGGAAAUUACUGUGAAGAUGUUGAGAACAACUUCAUAGAGUCCUUCAACAAUACCAUCAACAAGGCAAGAGAAAAGCCGUUUGUGGCUAUGUUAGAGAUGGUUAGAAAGCUUGCCAUGGUGAGGAUUGCUAAACGGUCUGCCCUUUCUCACGAUCACAAAGGCAUUUGUACUCUUUAUGUUAAACGGUUCCUUGCAAAAGAACAUGAGAAAGCUUUUGAGUGCUUUGUGAGUCCUACCAAAAAUGGGAUGUAUGAAGUACAGCUGGGUUAUGACAAGCAUAGAUUCUGUUUAAGAACAAUGAGGUGUACCUGCAUGAAGUAUCAAAUCUGUGGAAUUCCCUGUGAACAUGCAUAUGUAGUUAUUCUUAAGAAAACACUGAAACCUGAAGAUUAUGUGUGCCAAUGGUUCAAAACUUCUAAAUGGCAGCAGAAUUACAAAGACGGAUUGAUUCCACAAAGAGGUCCACGCUUUUGGCCUUCCACCGGAGGUAAUGAUGUGCAUGCACCAGCUUCUAAAGAGGAUAACAUCACUAAGGCAGACAAGAAGAGGAAGAAGGGGGUUAAUGAAUCGGCUACCAAGAAGAAACCAAAAGAGAAGAAAAGGAUCAUGCAUUGUGGGAUUUGUGGUGCACCUGACCAUAACCGUAGGUUCCACCAAAAGAAAAAUGCAACAUAG